GACUGGGCGGGCGACCAGCCUCAUUUCCUCUCUCUGGCAUCCUUAUGUACAGUGUUCAAAAUGAUGUCCAUGAACAGCAAGCAGCCAGCUUUCGGCAUGCAUCAUACCCUACCUGAGCACAAGUACACUUCUCUGCACUCCAGUUCGGAAGCAAUAAGGAGAGCCUGCCUGCCAGCGCCGCCGCAACUGCAGAGCAAUAUCUUCGCCAGCCUGGAUGAAACUCUACUGGCCCGCGCCGAGGCGCUGGCCGCCGUGGAUAUCGCCGUGUCCCAGGGCAAGAGCCACCCUUUCAAGCCGGAUGCCACGUACCACACCAUGAACAGUGUGCCAUGCACUACUACCUCGACCGCGCCGCUGCCGCACCCGUCCGCUUUGUCCUCGCACCAUCACCACCACCACCAUCACCACCACCAGCCUCACCAGACGCUGGACCCGGGAGAACUUCUCGACCACCUGAGCACCUCGUCGCUGAGCUUAGCCGGGGCCAUGGCUGGGGCCGGAGCCGGCAGUGGAGAAGGAGGGGUGGUCCCCACCUCGUCUCACUCUCACCCGGCGCACAUGCACGGCCUUGGUCAUCUCAGCAGCCCGCACCCCCAUCACCCACAUCAUCACCCGCACCACCAGAGCGCCCUGAACAUGACCCCGCACCCUCACGGGCUGGCGGCUCACGGCGUUGCCCCGGGCAUGCCAGCCCUCAACGACGUGGACGCUGACCCGCGGGAGCUGGAAGCCUUCGCCGAGCGCUUCAAGCAGAGGCGGAUCAAGCUGGGCGUGACCCAGGCCGACGUGGGCUCGGCCCUGGCCAACCUGAAGAUCCCGGGUGUGGGCUCCCUCAGCCAGAGCACCAUCUGCAGGUUCGAGUCGCUGACUCUGUCCCAUAACAACAUGAUCGCGCUCAAGCCCAUCCUGCAGGCUUGGCUGGAGGAGGCGGAGGGUGCCCACCGUGAGAAACUUAGCAAGCCCGACCUCUUCAACGGUGGCGAGAAGAAGCGCAAAAGGACAUCGAUCGCUGCCCCGGAGAAGCGCUCCUUGGAGGCUUACUUCGCCGUGCAACCUCGCCCGUCCUCUGAAAAGAUCGCGGCCAUCGCCGAGAAACUGGACCUGAAAAAGAACGUGGUGAGGGUAUGGUUUUGCAAUCAAAGACAGAAGCAGAAACGAAUGAAAUUUUCCGCCAACCACUAGCCGCAAGCGGCAGUGGGGGGGGAUAACCCUUUGCUUGGCUGACUUAGUUUAGCGGCGGACAAUUGCUGAGGGAGGGUCGCCCAAGGAACAGUUGUUCCUCCCCAUUGACUCGAGACUUGGGUCCAGGACUGUGUGUAGCGGAGCGAGCGGAGGUUUGCAAAGGCAGAAACGCGUUUAACGACGACCAUGCCAAAAUCGCCGGUUUUCGAGACACCGUGAUGUUUAUGUUAUUUUUUCACGUUAUUGGCGAAGUAUGCAAAUCACAGGUAAAUCAGAUCGCCCAGUUGCUAGAUAAAACUGCGGGAUACGAGUCAGCUUGACCCCUAUUUUGUUAAGAAGGCGACAUCUGAAGGAAAGUUGAUUGUUGUUCAGUCACUACAGUGUUAUUUCACCCCGUCUUUACAGUAUUUUGUUGAAGCUGUAAUUCGUUUCCUUUUUAUUCGUUUACAUUUACCACAUCACGCGUUUUGGUUACUCUCCAGCCCAGCGAAUCUGAUGCAUUUUGAGAUUGUCUUUCUGACUCUCAUAAGGCAAUUGCUUCAGCUAAAUACAAUGUAUGUAAAACAACCUCAGGCAGAUCUGACAACUGCAGCGAAAAUGGUCUUGUGACUCUUUACAUUCGAGUGUAAGUUAAGGGCACUAUAAGAAUAUAGUUUCCCCAAGUACAGCAUUCAUUCAAGGGAAACAACGGCACAGGCGUGCAAUGUGGAUAAUCUGACUUGAUUUGCUGUUUGAAACAGUAUUUAUUCAGAUCAAGUUAUAGCGUCAUUACUAUUUAUUUUGAAUUCUUAAAAAAAGAGAAAAAAGAUACAAAAAUAAUCACACAAUUGACAUUUUACAGUGAUAAUCGUUUCCAAAGGUCUGCAUGCUGAGCAAAUCACCUUUUUCGUGAAAUGUUACGGGCGUUAGCUGUCGGCACUCCGUAUUGGUAAUUGCACUAAAAUUUGUUGCAGAAUUUAGUAUAUUGUAACUGGUUGGAAAACAUGUUAGUGUAUUAUGGUUUACGAUCAAAAUUCCAAGCGAUGCUUGCAUCGAAGCUUGAUACAGGACUACCAAAAGUUUGCGCAUAAAAUAUUCACACUAAAUUAUUGAUUCUGUUUUGGGUAGGAAUAUCUCCUUUAUGGGCAUCUAAAAUACGUGCGCAGAGGCAAAAUAACUGCAUGAGCCUGAGGAUGGAUACCGAAUUUGGCGCCUAUGGAUUCGAUACAAAAAAAAUGUUUCAUUACCCGUUUGCAGCGCAAACAUUCUAUGCAUUGGAACUGAAAUGAACACUAUAGAGUAGCUUGAUAGACCUUGUGGAUAGUGUGAUUUCACUGUUAACUGCCUGUUUUCACUAGACACAACAUUCCGACCCUGUUUAUAAUUGUACAUAGGUGUUUAUUGUAAAUAACUUUAUAAUUUGCGCACAUGUGUGUUUACAAACCGCAGCCACGUGUGCAUCAUACAUAGAAAUGUCUCACUUUAAGUCAAUCCCUGUCCAAUGUAUAUUUGCCAAGCU